UAUAAUAAUAAUAAAAAGGCUCAAUAGGACAAUCUAUAUAGAUGGGAUCUGAGGAUCCAAAAUCAGUAUCACAUCUUUUGCAUAAAUAUAUUUGGCAAUAGAAGUCUCGAGAGAAAAGAAAGGCAAUCAUGUCAUGGGAUGAGCCCUACGACGUCGUUUUCAUCCUCAUCGCUGUAUUCUCCGUUCUAUGGUACAUACGGCUCUUCACCAAGGCCAAACGGCCGCCGCUGCCUCCGGGCCCCCCCGGCCUCCCCAUCGUCGGAAACCUACCGUUCCUUCAACCGGAGCUCCAAAAAUACUUCGACGCUCUCGCCGGAAAAUACGGUCCCAUCUUCAAACUCCGCCUCGGCGCCAAGCUCGCCGUCGUUAUCUCCUCACCGGAAAUGGCGCGCGAAGUCCUCAAGACUCAUGACGUCACCUUCGCCAACCAUGACGUCCCCAUCGCCGCGAGGGUCAACACGUACGGAGGCGUUGACAUCCUCUGGUCUCCGUACGGACCGGAGUGGCGGAUGCUGAGGAAAGUAUGCGUUAGCCGCAUGCUCAGUAGCACCACGCUGGACUCUUUCUACAUUCUCCGCCGCGCCGAGAUCCGACGGACCGUCCGGUUCUUGGCGGACCGGGGCCAGUCCGGUUCGACGGUUAACCUCGGCGAGCAGAUUUUCGUGACGAUAUUGAACGUUAUAACGCAGAUGCUGUGGGGAGCGACGGUUGCAGACGAGGAGAGCGAAAGAGUUGGAGCUGAAUUCAGAGAAUUGGUGUAUGAGAUGAACGAGAUCAUCGGUAUUCCUGAUAUUUCAGAUUUCUUCCCGGUUUUGAGCCGGUUCGAUUUGCAAGGAUUGGUUAAGCGGAUGCGUGGACCGGCUAAGCGCUUUGACCAGAUGUUUGACCGGAUAAUCAAUCAACGGCUGAGAGUUGAUGAUAAGAAUCCAGGGGACGGUAAGGAUUUCUUGCAAUUCUUAUUAAAGGUGAAAGACGAAGACAAAAGUACCCCUCUCUCCAUGGACCACGUCAAGGCUGUUCUCACGGACAUGGUACUUGGAGGUACAGACACAUCUUCGAACACGAUAGAGUUCGCCAUGGCAGAGCUCGUAAAUAGACCAGAGAUAAUGAAGAGAGCCCAACAGGAGUUAGACGAAGUGGUAGGCAAAGACAACAUCGUAGAAGAAUCUCACAUCACCAAACUCCCUUACCUGUUUGCCGUCAUGAAAGAAACCCUAAGGGUUCAUCCAAUUCUUCCACUCCUCGUCCCUCAUCGAUCCAGCGAGUCCGCCAUCAUCGCCGGAUACACCAUUCCAAAGGAUACUAAGGUGUUCAUCAACGUAUGGUCCAUCCAUAGAGAUCCAGGCCAAUGGGAGAAUCCAUUGGAGUUUAAUCCCGACAGGUUUCUUGGUAGAACCGGCGACUUUAGUGGGAACAAUUUUAGUUAUCUCCCGUUUGGAUCCGGACGGAGAAUAUGUGCCGGCAUAGCCAUGGCUGAGAGGGUGGUUCUCUACAAUCUGGCCACGUUCUUGCACUCAUUUGAUUGGAAUAUUCCCAAAGGGCGAACAUUUGAGAUAGAGGAGAAGUUUGGACAGCUUAUCAAGUUGAAGAAUCCGAUUCUUGUCGUGCCUGUGCCAAGGUUGUCUAAUCCGAAUCUUUAUUUGUAACGAUUUGAAAAAUGAAUUCUGUAUAUAUUGAACUCUACUCUACCCUUUAUUCGCUUGCACUGCUGUUUUACUUUUUGAUGGUCCUACGCACCAUUUGUGUAAUAAAUUGUAUGACGCAUACUCCGCGUGAUUGAGUAUAUAUACGUUAUGGAAUUCCAAGUAUUGCAAUAAAUGGACUGUCGGAUAUU